GUCCUUUGCAGAGUGCAAGUCCACGUCUGUGAUCUGAAGACUCAAGCUUCAAGAUUUAAUGAUGGUGACCAUGCGUUUGCCAAUCAGAACAUCUAUCAGCUUCUUGCUGGUGGUCUUCCUCAUGCAAAGUCAGACUUGGGCUUUCAUGCCUUUUGCCUAUCCUUUUUUCUCAUCUUCAUCAGUGACUCAUAAAGAAAUAUCCCGAGUCGCAAUUUUAAAUACAACAGUACAGCUCUGCAGAUCACAAGCACUCAGUCAGGGAAGAGAUUUUGUAAUGCCAAAAACCCUGACAGAAGGGUCAGUGGCAGCAGUUUGCUCCUCAUCUGCUUCAGCCAAAGCUUUCAUAAGGAGCAUUGACAAAAUUACCGAAAAUAAUGCUGCGGUGGACUUGCCAUGGCAUUACUUCUUUAAUCCUAUUUACCACUUUGAUGAUGAGACCUUUUUGCGUGGACGGGAUCUCAUCACCUCAGGAGUCAGUAUUGUCAAGGCAAGUGUAAGGGAACAGAGCUAUGAAGCUGCCAGAGCAAAGCUGGGUGAAGUCCUGCACACUUUACAGGAUUUCUACAGUCACAGCAAUUGGAUAGAGCUGGGAAACGACACUCCGUAUCCCAACCUGAUCAAACCCAGCAGCUCAAUUGAGAACAUUGCCGAUUCAGAAACAUGCAGGAGUUGUGAUGGAAGUAACUGCAAAGGAAAUAUUUUGGAGACAGUCCUUAGGCAGAAGAAACUGACCUCAGGAUACUUUAACACCUUCAGCUUUAAGAAACCUAAAGGAAAGUGCAGCCAUGGAGGAGCCCUCGAUUUGACGAGUUAUACAGAGCCUAAAGGUGGUAUCAAUAAGGACACGUUAAGCUCCGAGCAUGGUGACCAACACAUGGAUGCAGUGAAGGUAGCCAUUGCUGCUACCAGUGACCUACUGGAGGACAUCAGGGCAGCGGUUGGAGAUUCACAGUUUCUUAGAUUUAUGGGAUUGACCCAGGCUUCAGUUCUGUGUUUCGUUAUCGACACAACUGGGAGCAUGUCUGAUGACAUUGCUGAGGUCAGGAGAAUUACUUCAUCCAUCAUCAACAGUAAGACAGGCAGUGCAAAUCAACCCUCAGAAUACAUCCUGGUGCCAUUUAAUGACCCUGACUAUGGGCCUCUGACAAGAACAAAUGAUCCUGACGUGUUUAAGAGAAAAAUCAAUGCACUUACAGCUGAUGGUGGUGGAGAUAUUCCAGAAAUGUGCCUCUCAGGUCUCCAGCUGGCCCUCACAGGCUCACCACCACAGACUGAGAUUUUUGUUUUCACGGAUGCUGAUGCGAAGGAUUUAUCGUUGAAGAGCACUUUGCUGGCACUGAUUGAGAGAACAAAGUCUUCAGUGAGCUUCUUGCUGACUAAUGCUCUUAGUGCUCGGCGCCGCCGGAGCAGUGGUGGACAACAAGAUGGCCAACAGCAAUUCGCCAGUCGACUCACCAGCCCAUUAAAUGAAGUCUACCAGGAUCUGGCUCAGGCCUCUGGGGGUCAAGCCAUUGAGGUCACUAAAGCAACGCUGCCCCAGGCUACCAGCAUCAUAGUCGACGCCUCCAGCUCUUCUCUGGUCACUGUUUUCCAGGCUGUAAGAAACCCAGCAAAAGUGGAAACCUUCUCAUUCUUUGUGGACUCCACUUUGCAAAACCUGACUAUUUACAUCACAGGCAACUCUCCAUCUUACACCAUCACUAGUCCUUCAGGAGUCUCACAGACCAGCUCCCAACCAAGUGGGGUUUUGGGGUUUAUUGAGAAGGUUGGUAACUUCCACACGCUGCAUCCAAAUGUCUCAGACCAGACAGGACUGUGGCUCAUCAGCAUUAAUUCAAUGCAGCCCUACACCGUCAAAGUUCUUGGUCAAAGUGAGGUUGACUUCCUGUUCAACUUCAUAGAACUUUCUGAAUGGCCUCAUCCGAACUACGCUGUGUUGAACAGUAGGCCCACAGCGAACAGCAAUAUCACUCUGCUGGUCUCUGUGGUGGGUUGGGACAGCGUGAGGCUUACAGAUGUAGAUCUGGUUGAGGCAUCUAGUUCCAAAUCUUAUAAUGGGACUCUGCAAGAGGUUGGAAGUGGCCAAUACUUGGUGACAAUCAGCAGCAUUCCAACAGGAGAGUUUGUUGUCCGUGUAGUUGGAGAGAGCAGCUCCUCUAAGGCUUCAAAUGGCUUCUUUCAGAGACAGUCCUCAACUCAGCUCCAAGCAUCAAGUGUGAUGGUCACAACUCAAGCUAAUGGAACAAUGGAACCAGGGAAAACCUUCACUCUGCCCUUCACAGUGGCAACCAAUGGCUCUGGGGGAGUCUUUAAUAUCAGAGUCAGUAAUGACCGAAGUUUCGUAAUGACUGACGUUCCCUCAUCCCUGAUUCUUGCGCAUGGGGGCAGUGCAAAUGGCACAGCAACUCUGGCUGUUCCUGGAAGCACCCCCUCUGGAAGUGACGUCACUGUGACUAUUGAAGCUGAAGCCCCUGGAGGAGCUGAUUCCAACUACGCAGUGUUGCGGCUUUCUGUUGUUGCUCAGGUAACGGACAUUACUCCUCCGGUAUGUGAGAUAGUUAGCGUCAAUGCUAACUGCUCAAGUAACUGCAGCCUCUCCUCCUGGGACCUCUCUGCUAACAUGACUGAUGGAAGUGGAUCAGGCAUCCAAAGUGUGACCGUACACCAAGGAAAUGGCACCCUGAACACCAGCACUGUCCUGGACAGAGGAGUGAAUGUCACUCUGGCGAGCUACAGCGCAUCUUGCUGUUCCCCACAGGUGGAACUGGUGGUGGUGGAUGCAGUGGGAAACGUUGGCACUUGCUUCAGAUCAUUGAAUGCUGCAGUUCCACAAAGCACAAGUGCUACAUCUACUGAAACCGUAACCAAUGCCACCACACCUGCAACCGCCGCUACCUCUGGUUCCACCAUCCAAACCAGUACAAAUGGUGCCAUUGGCCAUCUGUUUCUGCCAGUCCUCUUUUGGCUAACUGUAGGAACCACCUCACUUUAUCAGUACAUGCAGCUGUGAAGGCUGAAUUACUCUUGAGUUUUCCUACCAUCAACACAUUUAGACUCAGGGUGUGUUACCAGUGCAGCAGUACUGCUUUUAUGCAGUGUGAGGAAUGGAAACAUAAAUGAAAUGAGUACACAAAUUUAUUUUCCGUCUUUCCUUAUAACCAAAACAUGACUACUUUCUCAAGGUACUUGAUUCUCUUGCUAUUACCAAAAUAUAAUUACAAACCCUUCUCUGUCAAACUGAAUCACACACAUGUAUUACUCAGUAUGAAUCGAGCCAAAUUAACUAAGGGAAGAGGGAAAAUGAAUCUUUGAUCAACUAUUUGAUAUGUUAAUUUAUGCUAUAUCUGUGUAUAACUGAAGAUGAUAAUGUGUAUAUUUUAUUUCAUUAUACAGUCUUCAUGUCUAAUCCUUCUGUUUUGCAACAUAUAUAUGUUUUUAAAUGACAUGAGUCGUGGGUAGGUAUAUAGUCUUAUAAGUGUGGGAAGAAACUGACUGAACUUUCUAAACCAAUACAACACCUUAUGAAGUAGAAACUCAAAGUUGGUGGUGGCGAAUGGAUGUAACAUCCAUUCACAUGGCUGAAAAGACCUUUUGCAGGGGAAAAACAGUUCCAUCAGCUAAUGAUAGCCAUUAACUAAUUAGCGUUUUGCUUGUGUUAGUGAUUGCAGAGACUAGAGGAACUUAGGGUUGGGUUUUAGAAGGGGGUGUACACAAGGAUGUUUGCCACAAUCCAGCACCAAAAUUUGAAAAGUUGCCUCUGAUUAGAAAUCACAUCUGGUCCCACGAGACUACAAGACCAAUGAGCUGAGCUGUUCCUCAUUUUACAUAUUAAUUGCAAGCUUUCAUGAAAGAAUUUAUAUACCACAAACAAUCAACAAGCUACAAAGAGACAUGACACACUUCGGUUAAACACACACACACACACACACACACACACAAUUUCGAAGCCGCUUCUCCCUCAGGGUCGCGGGGGUUGCUGGAGCCUAUCCCAGCUGUCGUUGGGCGGAAGGCUUGGUUAAACACAUUCUCUUAAAUAUCAGGUACAGAUAAGUUAGAGGUGCCCAAUGCAAAUGCUGUGUACAAUGCUUGCAUUACGUCCCAGACAUUGCUAUAAAUAUGAUGAUAACCAUGAAUCCAGCCUACUUCACCCCCCCCCCCCCCAAGAAUAAAUAAACAUCUGUAUCUGUGUAAUUGUUCAGUAGCAACUGAGAAUAUAGGUCAGAUGAUCAGAAUAAAAUGUCAACCACAUGAUGAACAGGUUAACACACAUUUAACCAUUUCAAGAUAUUACAAAUAAUGGAACAAUUUGUAAGUCUGUACUCCUUCCUUGUUCAGUAAAUUGUGAAAUCAGUUAGGUUUGCCCUCACUGCAACUUGGCUUGUUAUGUUAAUAAAGAAUCUUUUAGAAAUGUUCUUUAAACAAAAAGUGGUGAUGGUAAAAUAUGAAACCUUGAACCAAUUGAACUAAUCUCUUCAAUGCACACUGGAAACAUCUGCUGUUAACCUUGUAUAUCAAUCAUGUUAUAUCAUCAUAUCGUUUGUGUGUAAAAAAUAAAGAGAGAGAAAUAUAA